ACCGUGCCACUUGAAAGGGUCUAUUCAAGCAGAAUAAUUUCAUCAAUUGGAACUUCAUCUCCUAUAAUUAGAAUGAUUUAUAGAACUCCAUAGGGAAAUCAACAAGGAAAAAAAGAAGCAGCAACCACAGUCAUGGAUUUCCUAACAUUUUUGCUUCUUCUUUCGUCUAUCUCAUGGAUAUGCUUUAUUUUCCAUACAUUAAAUUCAAGGUCCCGGAAAUCUGGCAAGCUCCCACCGGGUCCGUUUGCUUUUCCGAUCAUCGGAAAUAUACUAGAACUAGGCAAAAAACCCCACCAGUCAUUGGCCAAACUCUCCAAAACCUAUGGACCCUUAAUGUAUCUUAAAAUAGGGUGCCUUAAUACUGUAGUAGUUUCGUCACCGGAAAUAGCCAAAGAUGUUUUACUAAAAUACGAUCAAGUCUUCUCAAGCAGAAGUGUCCCAGGUGCACUAAUGGCCAAAGAACACAACAAACUUUCUAUAGCGUGGUUGCCGGCGAAAAAUCAAUGGCGUAAACUUCGCAGAAUUUGUAAAGAACAAAUGUUUUCAAUCCCAAGGCUUGACGCAAGUUGGGACCUUCGCCUGGAGAAAUUGCUGAAACUGGGGGACUAUGUGAAUCAGUGCUGUAUUAAUGGGCGAGCUGUGAAUAUCGGUGAAGCUGCUUUUAUUACCUCGCUUAAUUUGAUAUCUGCAACACUUUUUUCAGUUGAAUUUGCUGAGUUCAACUCUGAUUCUUCGCAAGAGCUUAAGGAUGUUGUACGGGGUGUGAUGGAAUGUGCUGGGAGUCCUAAUAUUGCAGACUAUUUUCCACUUUUAAAAUAUUUUGAUCCCCAAGGAAUUUCACGCAGGACCAAGUUUUAUUUUGAAAAAUUGUUUGCAAUAUUUGAUGGUAUAAUAGAUCAGCGGUUGCAGUCAAGAGGUACAUCAAUGAAAAAUGAUUUAUUACAAGCUCUCCUUGAUCUCAACCAAAAUCCCGAGCCUGAAUUAAGCCGAGAUGACAUAAAACAUCUACUGCUGGAUUUAUUUGUAGCCGGAGUAGAUACAACAGCAAGUACAGUAGAAUGGGCAAUGGCAGAGUUAUUGCGCAACCCAAAUAAGAUAUUAAAAGCUAGAAACGAGUUUAGAGAUGUGAUUGGAAUGAAUGAUCUAAUUCAAGAAUCAUACAUUUCAAGACUCCCAUACUUACAGGCUGUGGUGAAAGAAACAUUUAGGCUUCAUCCUGCUAUCCCCUUUCUAGUACCUCAUAAAGCCGAUGACGAUGCAGAGAUCAAUGGCUACAUGGUCCCUAAAAAUGCGCAAAUUCUUGUUAAUGUAUGGGCAAGCGGCAGGGAUUCAAACACUUGGUCGAGUCCAGAAUCCUUUAUGCCUGAAAGAUUUUUGGAUCGCAAAACUGAUUUCAAAGGUCAAGAUUUUGAGCUCAUUCCUUUUGGUGCGGGGAGGAGAUUAUGCCCGGGUUUGCCUUUGGCCUAUCGGAUGGUGCACCUCAUGCUAGCCACUUUGAUAUGCAACUUUGAAUGGUUACUUGAAGAGGGACUGAAACCGGAAGAAGUGGACAUGAGUGAGAAAUUUGGACUAACUCUUCAAAAGGCCAUUCCUCUCAAGGCUGUUCCAAUCAAAUUAUGAGCUUCUGCACUUGAGCAAUAUAUAGCUUUUUCUUUUAGAUAAGUUGAAGGGUACUUUUUGCUUGUUUUCGCUUUUUUACUGGGAAUAAAUUUAGACAUUGAGAGAUGUUUUUAAAUAACUAGUCACUGUCACGUGCGUUGUACGAAUUUUACAUUUAUCGUAUUUUUAUUAGUGUAUGAAUUUUAAUUA